UUUGGGCGGGCCCCCUCAUUAUUGAAGUGGAGGUUCACCGCGGGGAGCUGCUCGUUACUGACCGGCGGAGUGCUUCACUUUGUGGGGGUUGUUUCUCUGUGCGUGCCGGUUGCUCCCGGUGCUCAUGGUGACUUGAAGGAACAGGGAGUGAGUCGGUGUUUCGGUGCAGAAUGGUUUUAAGGAAAAGGCUAAAACGGAGCCUCAGUGAAGAGCUGCUGCCGCUGCCGCUCUGAGCUUUUGUUCGCUGGGGUUUGUCUCCCUGUGUUUCAUCAGGCAGUGAAAUGAAGAGAGUGAACAGCCUUCAGAGGUUCAUGAACAGACGGGCCUCUGCUAACUGCCGCUACCAGCCAACCUGUUAUGAGCAUGCUGCGAACUGCUACACUCAUGCAUUCCUCAUCAUGCCGGCCUUUGUGGGCAUGGCGUUGCUGUACCGUCAGUCGGACAACCGCUGGGAGAGGAUCACUGCCUGGGUGUACGGAAUGGGCCUCUGCGCCCUCUUCCUGGUCUCUACUGUGUUUCACAUCAUCACCUGGAAGAAGAGCCACAUGAGGUCCAUGGAACAGUGUUUCCAUAUGUGUGACAGAGUGGUCAUCUAUUUCUUCAUCGCUGCCUCCUACACACCUUGGUUAAACCUGCGGGAACUCGGCCCUAUGGCGGCUCACAUGCGCUGGUUUGUGUGGCUCAUGGCUGCUGCUGGAACCAUCUACGUCUUCAACUAUCAUGAAAAGUAUAAACUUGUCGAGCUGGCCUUCUAUCUGACGAUGGGCUUCUUUCCUGCAUUGGUCGUGACGUCAAUGACCAACACUGAGGGGCUCCAUGAACUUGCCUGCGGGGGACUCAUCUACUGCCUCGGCGUGUUCUUCUUCAAAAGUGACGGCGUCAUUCCCUUCGCCCACGCCAUCUGGCACGUGUUCGUGGCGCUGGCUGCUGCCGUGCACUACUACGCCAUCUGGAAAUACCUCUACAAGGCUCCCAGUGUCGACGCCCUCCUCGACUCGUGACCACGGCGCAGCCCGUCAUCCCGAGCAGCAGAGCUUGCACACGACUCCUCAACUGCCCACAGAAGCGGCAGCGACAGCUUAAAAAGUUUACGAACAAACUGACAGUGAAUUGUUUACUGUUUUCUAACAUGGAGAACAGAUUUUUGUCAGCGUCUCCUUUAUGAACAAAAGCUACUUUAAAAGCUGUUUUGUACCUCAAUGUAGACAGCGAGGGAGGGGAUUUCUACUUUUUACUCUUAGUGUAAAUCAUGGCACAUUUAUGAGUAUUUGAGAUAUUUGAUAGUCGUCUUUUGUAACACUUGAUGAAAGUCACAUUCCACAUUAUGGGUCGAAAACUGGAGAUUUCCUGAUUUUAGUUGCUGGUUUAAACACUGGGGAUUUGAGGUGCUAAGAAUCCUGGCUGGGUCUCAAAACAACCACAAAUUACUAAAAUAAUACUUUGUUUUGAUGCUUCACUUUUGAGAAGAAAGAACAUUUUCUUUCAUUUAACAAUCAAAGACAAAGCUCUUUGCAAACACAAGCAGCUGUAAAAGAACUGACGUUUGCAAAAGAGAAUAGUUUAAAACUGGCAACCUUUUAUUUAAUCAAAAAUACUAAAAUAUAAUUUUUAACACUUGCCCCCUAAAACCGCUUGUUCCUAAGUUGUGUACCAAGGAACUUGCAGCGGUCUUUUUUUCCCCUCAUUUUCUGCAUAUUUUUUUUAUCGUAUAUUAAUCAUUUUUUAUUAAUUUUUCUGUCCAUCUGAUGCACAUAAACACCCAUACGACUAAUGCUUCAUCUCUGACUUGUAGUCCUCAGUUUUCAGGGAAGUCAAUCCUGGUAGUAUUUAGCGCCCCCUGGCGAUGGAGUGGUGUCAGAUGUAGCAUUUCAGGAAGUAAAAAGGUGAAACCUUGUGGUUAUGUGGGACUUUUGUUAAUGAGCCAAUUGAGAGAAAAAUAAUCUGUUCAGUUUGAUAAACAACAAUAGUUCCACUGUGUUUUUAAUGUGAACAGUGUGCUGUAGAGAGAGUGUGUGUAUGUGUGCCUGCACGACCUUUGUACUGUAGUUCAGUGUUACAUUUCCACUGAUUCUUUCUUUGAUUUGCACCACAUGACAAAAGGUGUUUUAUUCUGAAGAGGACAAACCUCAUUCUUUUGCUUUGUAAAUUCACUAAACGGCUCCUGAUAAAACCAUCGUUCUGUUGCUUUCCUCCAAGUGGAGCCGAAUGAUUCUUUUCUUUUUGUUUUGUUAUUGUGUCCCUUGUAAUGAUUUCCUUAAACCACUGUGUUUUGUAAUGUUUGUAUAUUCUGAUUUGUUGUGUGAACCUGAUCCUGGCCUUUGCAGGGCAAAGAAACAAACUGCUUCUUGUCUGUUCCAGUGGCUGUUAAUGGUGCUGAAUAAUGAUCAUGAAUGCUCCUCCGCUGUAUCACCUUUCUAAUGUGACAAUAAAAAUCUUACUGCCCCACG